AUCGGAAGAGCUUCGGAGACGUCCGAAGAGGCGUCGGGGUCACCAUUGAAGCGGGUCGUGAAGUAAGGAGGCUCAAAUUAGUGGAGAAUCCCGCGGAGGGAAAACUUUAAUUUAACGAGACAAAAACGAAACUCACAACUCAACUAAAACCAACUAUUGCCUCCCCCCUUGAGUCUCUUAAAGGGCUAGACCCCGUUGAGUGACUUAAAGCCUGUCCGUCGUGGAUUCGCUCCAGUCGUUUAUCUGCUGUUGAAGUGCUGCAUCAUUGUGCAAAGGAGGACUGCUGCAACAAAAGCAGAAGAACGAGGCUAAACGUGUGUGAAUGUUCAGAAUGUGAGAACCCACAGAGAGUGGGGUAGCUUAAAACCUCAAAGCCGCUGCUCCUUUCUUCAUUUGCUGAUCUGACAGUAAAUGCGGAUGGUGGUCAUCAGCCAGACUCUUAAGAUGUCACUCAGAAUAACUCCUCCCACUUCUCUGGUCUUUCUACUCCUAAUUCACGGAGUUGUUGCUCAGAAUGGGUGGGGUGUGGAUUACAAAGAUCAGUCUAUCUGUGCUCUAAAGGGGUCUACAGUGACCAUGCGCUGCACUUACACAUAUCCAAGUGGUCCCGUAGUCCAAAAAGCUUUCUGGACCAAACAGUCGGGUCGAGGUUCAGAGCCUCCUGAUCUGUUAGAUGAUCCAGAGUACAGUGGCAGAGUUCAGUACCUCGGAGAUAAACAACACGACUGCACUCUCAGACUGAGGAAUGUGAGAGAAACUGAUAAAAGUAAAUAUUACUUCAGAUUUCUAACAGACCAAACUGGAGGACAGUAUCAAGGUAGAGGUGGAGUUGAUCUUUCAGUCACAGAUCUCCAGGUGGAGGUUCCUGAGAGAGUGAUAGAGGGAGAUGACGUCACUCUCACAUGUAAAACCACCUGCAGUCUGACAGUCACACCAACAUUCACCUGGUACAGAAAUGAACAUCGUUUAUCCUCCAAUACUGACCAGCUCCACCUGCAGCCGGUCAGCAGGGAGGAUGCAGGCAGGUAUCGCUGUGCUAGUCAGAACCUUCACUCUCCUGAGGUCACUCUUAAUGUUAGAUAUGGCCCUAAGAGGGUCUCAGUGUCCAUCAGUCCCUCUGGUGAUAUAGUGGAAGGCAGUUCAGUGACUCUGACCUGCAGCAGUGAUGCAGACCCACCUGUGCAGAACUACACCUGGUUUAAAGGAACAUCAUCAGUAGCAAAAGGAGAGACUUACACAAUGAAGAACAUCAGCUCUGUGGACAGUGGAGAAUACAAGUGCAGAUCCAGUAAUGAACAUGGAGAGAAGCUCUCUGAAGCUCUGACUCUGAAUGUUUUGUGGCAUCCAAACAUUUUCCUAUAUAUCAUCAUUGGCAUCAUAGUUGGAACUGGAGGCGUAUUCUUCAUCCUUGCCCUUUUGUUUAUAAGGAGAAAGAGAAAAUGUCAUUCAGCUGGAGAACCCAAGCCAAUACAGGAAAACCUCUAUAGCAACAUGGGAACAAGACCUUCAGUAAAUAACCCAGCAGAUUUGGCCAAUCAGGAUGAUGGUUUUUAUUCCACAGUUGAGCUCUGUGGAAGGAUCAACCCAAUCUAUGGUGCUGAGGACGAGGUUCCGUAUGGUAACAUCCAGCACCACCGUGAUCAGAUAGUCCAGAUGACUCAGGAGGCCGGGGUUGAGUACGCUUGUGUCAGAUUUUCUCAUGCUGAUCCAGCCCACAGUUCUGCUGCACUUCAGAGUCCCUCAGUGAUCUACAGCAGCGUGAACUAAACAACAUCUGAAGAUCUGCUCACCAUCCACAUUGGCAUCCUUCUGGACAUGGCUACUGGACACCCGGCGGAUCCACAUCAUCUUCAUUUACCUGCUUUUAUCACCUUUUUUCCACCCCCCAGUGUGUUUUAUUACAUUUUGGCCAUUUCCACUUUGUCUCUCCUCAAAUUCAGUGCUGGGAUGUUUAUUGGACAGAAAUUUCAACAUUUUGGUGGAAAGAAAUCAAAGUGGAACUAAAAGCAUUCAAAUACAAAUUUAUUUGAAGUGUCAUGAGUCAUCAGAGAUGAACCCACGUGUGCCUCUACAGGACACCAAGCGCAACUGCACGUUGUUUCACUGUUUGUUGAAAUAUUUACAUGCUUAUAUUUGCUGAUGUAAUGUAACUGUUAAAAGCAACAAUUGUUUUAAUAUUAGAAUUUUGGGAGCUUGUUUUGAGCAGAAGCUUAUUUUCUGGAUACAUGGACAAUAUGGCAAUAUAUACAUAUGGAUGUAUGGCAAUAGUGAUUUCUUUAGCACCUCUGAUUUCACCUUUUGCAGCUACACAAGCUUUAAAUGUAACAAAUUUCAGAUAAAAAUUUUAUAAAAUGUG